AUGAGCAGUCCAGGAGCAGGUUUCGAGUACCCACCUACAGAAGUAUCUUGGUUAAAGAGAGAUGUCCUCCUUUUCGCCAACAGCAUUGGCUGCACAAAUGAUGAGCUUCACUUCCUCUAUGAACUCCACCCCAACUUCUCCGUCUUCCCAACCUACCCCGUCAUCCUCCCAUUCAAAGGCACCAGCCAAGAAGUAAUCGACUUCUACGCCUCCCAGACCGCAACUACUAUCCCGGACAUCCCCAAAUUCGAUUCUCGCCGCGUCGUCGACGGCCAACGCCUCAUGACCUUCUACAAGCCCCUCCCUCCCACCUCCGCGGGCCGCAAGUUCGAGCUGCGCCAGAAAGUAAUCGGCGUGUACGACAAAGGCAAGGCUGGCAGUGUGCUCGAAACACAAACCGAUAUCGUGGAUAAGGAGACGAGCGAGGUGUACAGCAGCGCUAUUGGCAGCGCGUUCUUCAUGGGGCAGGGCAAUUGGGGCGGGCCCAAGGGACCGGCUAGUCAGAACUUCCCUCCGCCAGAGGGUAAAAAGCCGGAUGUUGUGGUAAGUCAUCAGACGACUGCUGAUAGUGCGUUGCUUUACCGAUUAAAUGGUGAUUAUAAUCCACUUCACGCUACCCCUGAGCCGGGACAGAAGAUGGGCUUUGGUGGUGCGAUUAUGCACGGACUUUCCAGCUGGAAUUUUGCUGCCCAUGGGCUGCUCAAGGCUGUUGGUGGGAGUGAUCCCAAUAAUAUGAAGGAGUUUCAGGCGAGAUUCGCAAGCCCCGUAAAGCCGGGUGACAAGCUCGUUACUGAAAUCUGGACGUUCGGAGAGGUGAAGGAUGGCUUUGAGGACAUUCGGUUUGUGACUAAGGUUGAGGGUGGCAAAGUAUGUUUGAGUAAUGGAAGGGCAUUGAUUAAGCCAGUUGCAGGGAAGAGCAAGUUGUAG